AUGAAACUUAGUUUGUGGCUUUUGGCAGUGGGAAUCACCCUUUGUCAGGCAUUCACCCCUUCUUCGGAUUGGGAAAACAAGAAAUAUGACAAAACGCUGGAUCUGACCAAGUCCUACGUGAAAGAAAAGCACAUCAUUGAAGCUGUGAACGUCGGAAGCGAGCCACAAGACGCCUACUUCUUUGGAAUUCCGUCCGAUCUAAGACCGAAAGUGGCAUUGUUGAUUUCAACCCUUCAGUCGCAAUCGCAACCAACGAUCUUGGAGACAGAGCCCGUCGUUGAGAACUCUGAAGACGGGUUCUUGUCCUACUACAAGAUUACACUCCCCUACCCCGUUGCUCCAAAAUCAUCCUUCAGUUUACAGGUAACUUAUGCAUACACGGACUCGCUGACUCCAAUUCCACAGACGGCAGAAUUGGGCGAGAAACAGACGCUUUAUUACCAGGGUGUCAAGACCCCAGCAUCGCCAUACGACACCACAUCUUACAGGUUGAGAGUUAUUGGCCUGGCCAAUGCCAAAGAAGUACCACUUUCCCCCGGAGAAGAUGUUAGUGAGGAAUACCAGGGCAGAGUUGAAAACGAGUCUUUAGUUUAUGGACCUUUCAAGUCAACUGUCUUCAAGAAGUUCUCCAGCAUUCCUCUGGCAUUGGCGUUUGAAAAACAGGCACCUUUGCCCCACGUGUAUAACUUGAAACGUGACUACUGGGUUUCCCAUUGGUCUGAUUCGCUGUCCCUGGAGGAGCAUUACCAGUUUUCCAACAAGGCUGUCAAGCUGGCCAAGGGCUUCUCCAGAGUGGACUGGAUGUCGGGAAGAUAUUCCAUGAAACCCAACCCGGCUAUAGUUGCCAUUCAAAUCCCACUGACACCACAUAUCUCCACCAAGGAUGUUUACUAUACCGAUCUGGUGGGCAACGUCUCAACUUCGGCGUUCAUCAAGAACGAUCUGAUUUUGAAGCCAAGAUUCCCGAUCUUUGGCGAUUGGAACUACAACUUCACUGUUGGCUGGAACCACGAACUAAAAGACUUCGUGAGAGAGGUUGAAGACAAACACGUGCUUGCGGUUCCCCUUUUGAACGGAAUCAACGACGUCACCUAUGAAAAGGUGGAGCUUUCGUUCUUGUUACCCGAGGGUGCAACCUUUUUGGAUGUGCAAUCUCCUGUCAACUAUGACUCUUUGGAUGUGGCCCCCGAGUUCUCAUACUUUGAUUUGGCAUCUGGUCACACAAGAAUUACCCUCACAUUCUCGAAUCUCGUGGACGAGAUGAAGAACCUGAAGGUUGUGGUGAUAUAUAAGUACACUGUUCUGGACCAGUUCAAGAAGGUGUUCAUUCUGGCUGGUUACUUCUUCAUUGCGUUGCUUGCAGUCUUUGGGUUCACGAAGUUAGAUUUUUCUUUAAAAUGA